AUGCGUGCCCCAUCCCCACUCGUCCUGCGGAGCCUAAGCUCACGCGCAGGUCUACGCACUUAUCGCCCACACUUCGGACUCAACACAUCUCGAAUUCUAUCCCGAUCUAUCGCUAACUAUACACACCCCCACCAUGCCUCAGCGAUUUCCGUUAUCCCGACAUCAGUCGAUACCUCGUCAGCCGAAUUCAAAGAAAACAGCCAGCAGAUGCAAGAGCUCCUCGCCCACAUGAACCGCUUGCACACGGCCAUCUCUCAAGGUGGUCCACAGAAAUCACGAGAUAAGCAUGUCGCUCGUGGGAAAAUGCUUCCCCGAGACCGGGUCUCUGCACUCAUUGACCCUGGAACGUCGUUUCUGGAGCUUUCCCCUCUUGCAGGACAUGGGGUCUACGACGAGGAUGUACCCGCCGGUGGAAUCAUUACUGGUAUUGGUACGGUGGAAGGAGUAAACUGUAUGAUUGUCGCAAAUGACAGCACUGUCAAGGGCGGCACGUACUAUCCCAUCACGGUGAAAAAGCACCUUCGCGCACAGGCAAUCGCCCAGGAAAAUCGAUUGCCAUGUAUUUACUUGGUUGAUUCGGGAGGUGCCAACCUUCCUCACCAGGCGGAUGUUUUCCCCGACCGAGAUCAUUUCGGUCGCAUUUUCUAUAACCAGGCUCGGAUGAGCUCUCUUGGCAUUCCGCAGCUUUCGGUUGUUAUGGGUCCUUGCACGGCGGGUGGUGCUUAUGUACCUGCUAUGAGUGAUGAGACGAUUAUCGUUGAGAACCAGGGCACUAUCUUUCUGGCUGGUCCGCCACUUGUUAAGGCUGCCACGGGAGAGGUUGUUUCCGCUGAGGAUCUGGGUGGCGGUCAGCUGCAUUCUACUAUCUCGGGUGUGACGGAUUAUCUAGCUGUUGAUGAUGCCCAUGCCCUUAUUUUGGCUAGGCGCUCGGUUUCAAAUCUCAAUUAUCCGAAGACUAAUGCACCGCUGGAACUUGGGGAUGUGGUGAAGGAGCCAAUUUAUGACCCUGCCGAGUUGAACGGUAUCGUCGGGGUCAAUCUUCGGCGGCAGAUUCCUGCUCAUGAGGUCAUUGCGCGGAUUGUCGAUGGUAGCGAAUUCUCCGAAUUCAAGCGGGACUACGGAACUACGCUUGUGACAGGCUUUGCACGGAUCCAUGGCCACCGGGUUGGUAUUGUUGCGAAUAAUGGUAUCUUGUUCUCUGAGUCGUCUCUCAAGGGUGCUCAUUUCAUUGAGCUGUGUGCCCAACGGCGGAUUCCCCUUGUGUUCUUGCAGAACAUUUCUGGGUUUAUGGUGGGCGCAGACGCCGAGAAGGGCGGCAUUGCAAAGAACGGUGCCAAACUUGUGACUGCCGUUGCAUGUGCAGAUGUGCCGAAGUUCACCGUUGUGUUUGGCUCCAGUGCUGGUGCUGGAAAUUACGGCAUGUGUGGUCGUGCCUACUCCCCUCGGUUGAUGUUCAUGUGGCCGAAUUCAAAGAUCGGCGUCAUGGGCUCUGAACAAUUGUCUGCCGUCAUGGAGGCUGUUGGAAAGUCCGUCGAUCCAGAUCUCAAGGCUCGUAUCGACCACGAAUCCGAGGCUAUAUUCUCUUCCGCCCGUUUAUGGGACGACGGUGUUAUUCCGCCAGACCAGACAAGGAGGAUGCUGGGACUGGGGUUGGCAGCUGCGGUUGGAGGAAAGCCAGAGCCAGAUGCACACACUAGAUUUGGAGUGUUCCGAAUGUAG